AUGGAAUAAGUGUAUCAUCUUUUAUAUAACGCUGGGAGUGGUGGAAAUAGAGGUUAAAAAUUCCUAUAACUUGAUAACUUGGUUUCAAUAUCAGGGAUAGAAUUUGCAGACGAAUCAAGAGAGACAGGGUUGUAGUUGAUAAUGAAAUAGAAAGCAGAUGACAUCCAUGUAGUGAUGGCUGGAGGAGAUGGAUCAAUUAUGUGGAUAGUGGAAUUACUAUUACAACAUCAAGUGAACAUCCAUCGAUGCAUCAUUAUUCCAUUCCCUUUUGGAACUGGGAACGAUUUUGCGAAUACUUUGGGAUGGGGAACUUCAGUGCCCAACGAUGUAAUUGGUAUUGAGAGGGUUUUUGGUCCUUUUUCGAUACUAAAAGAAGAUGGAUUCAUUAGUGAGAUCAGAAGGAAUGAAAAUGGGGCAAAUGAGAUGAAGUUGCAAUUAAAUGAUCAGAGAUAUUACAAAUAGAUGAUUAAUUAUUUUAGUAUUGGAGUAGAUGCACGCAUCGGAUUUGGAUUUGAUAAAUAUAGGACAUCCAAUCAAUGUUGUAACAAGUGCGUCUACUGUUGGGAAGGAUUUAAGAAGAUGUUCCUCAACACUCCCAAAGUUAACCAAUCUAUAGAGAACAUCCAUCACGUUAAUGAUGAUAACUUAGAAACUGCAUUGAUUUCAAAGCACAACAAUUAAAUAGUAGUGCCAGGAGAUCCAGUUAAUUUGUUGUGUUUGAACAUCAACUCCUAUGCUGGAGGAUUGAAAAACAUAUGGCUCAAUGCUUAAUAAAAUUAAGUUAAAUCUAUUCCAACAUUCCUUCUGUCUUUGAUGGGAAGUUGGAAAUACUCUCAUUCAACUCUAUUUUAGGAUUAGGCUCAGAAAGAUGGAUUCCUGGAUAGGCUACCAGAUUAAGUCAAAGUGGAGGACCACUCAAAUAGAAUGAAUAACUUAGAACAUAUUUCCAAAUCGAUGGCUAAUACUAUUCCAUUACCAAUCCAUACUCAGUUCUUAUUAGGUCCUGUCAAUCGUUGCCACAAGGGAAAAUACGUGUCUUGA